ACUCUGGCUCCCUGCCAGCCCCGGCCCCGGCCCCGGCCCCGGCACCAUGUCCGAGAAGAGCGUGGAGGCAGCGGCCGAGUUAAGCGCCAAGGACCUGAAGGAGAAGAAAGAGAAGGUGGAGGAGAAGGCCAGCCUGAAAGAGCGGAAGAAAGAAGCGGUGGAGGAAGAGGAGAAUGGAGCUGAGGAGGAAGAAGAAGAAACCGCUGUGGAUGGAGAGGAGGAGGAUGAAGGAGAAGAAGACGACGAGGAAGAAGAAGAGGAGGAGGACGAAGGGUCCGCGCUGAAGAGAGCUGCUGAAGAGGAGGAUGAAACAGAUCCCAAGCGGCAGAAGACAGAAAAUGGGGCGUCGGCAUGAGCCCCCUGCCAAUGGGCUAGGGGUUGGAGGCCCCUUGGGCCUGGAGGUGGGAGUGGGAGUGGACAAGUAUAGCUACUCUUUACCUGGCUUCCUGCUCUGGGGUCCCCCCUGCACCAGAGCUGCCA